UUUCAAGUGACGGAUUAGAAGAAAAUUUAAUUUUUAAUUACGAUCAAGUUGAAGGCUACGAAGUUGAAGGCUCCAAAGCUAAUGAACUUAUUUUUAUUGAUAGUGAAAUAACCCAAAUCCAACAAAAUCAACAAUAUUUGCACCACCAAGGCACCCUGCUCCAACAACACCUACUCCAACAAGGCCCGCACCAGCAACACCUACUCCAACAAGGCCCGCCCCAGCAACACUUUCUAUUUCAACAAGACACUUCACCUCAACAAUACUUUUCACCUCAACAAGGCUCUUCCCAACAAUAUCUUCCACCCCAACAAUACUUUUCACCUCAACAAGGCUCUUCCCAACAAUAUCCCCCGCCCCAACAAAGUUUCAAGCAUAGUUAG